AUGUUUCCAACAUUUGAUGUUCCUCCACAACAUGCCGAGACGGUAGGAGCUCGCAAAGCAAGAAGAGCAAAGGAAGACGAUACGACCAGAAGGUCUUUCUCGGCAACCUCACAGUCAUCCGGGAGCACACACAGCAGCAAGCGUCAAGAUGCAACAAGCUCGUCAGACUCCAGAUCAGGAGGAAAGAGUGGUAUCGGCGGUUGGUUCGGCAAGAACAAUAAGAAGGGCAUCCAGGAGAUUGCUCCACUGUCGACAUGUAAGGAGACACAACGUCCAAAAGAGCUGGCGAUAAAGCCAGAGCUGGAACUCGGACUUGACCAAGGACCGGCACCACCCACUGCUCCUCUGGAUGCACCACACCAAGUGUCUCGAAGGCCACAGUCACAGCGUUCUGAUCAAACAUCCCGAAAACUCCAGCCGCCACGCUUUCCACUCCCGCUACCUUGUCCUCCUCCGUCUGGUGCGCUGCCUCCAACACCAGGGAUGCUUAGCCCUGUUGGUCUACCAGACAGGAAGUCACAAUAUUCCACUAUUUCCCGCGCUUCAUCCAACCCAUCUAGCAUCGCACACUCCAAUCACAGUGUCUUUUCGGGCACUUCGGGGUACGAGACCGCCCUCUCGGACGAUGCUUUUGAUGACCCUCGCCCUUCUAAACCUUCCUCCAGGCUACAACCUGUCUCCCAACCCCCUUAUUUCGAGCCGGUUGAGCGUGGUUCGCGGACUGGCAGUAGACAAAGUCGUGAACAGGAUCAAGGUGUCAAACCCGCUCAAACGCUCUUCACACGCGCGCUGGCCAAGAUGGAGAAUGCCGGUACCCGCAUCAUGUCUGCUCGAUUAAGCGAAGAGUGGGAUGGCUUGGACGACGACGAAAGCUUCCAGGAGAUCAUGUUCGAGCAGCGGCUGUGGGCGCUAACCGCCUAUCAACGCUUGACGCAGAACAAACCCUUACAGUCGCCCGCGCAUGAGCUACUGAGUAGUAGUCAACCAACAGACCAGAGGAGGGUACUCCAAAUACAUGGUUCUCUGGCGGAUGGCUGGAUGCUCGCACACCAUUACCCUGCAGUGACCGUAUAUACACUCUCUACCACGAAAACCCAGCCAGCUACCACCUACCCUGCGCCUCUAAACCAUCAUACACUAUAUGUGCCUUCUCUGUCAUCGCCAACGCCGUUCCCCGAUAACUACUUCGACGCCGUUAUCUCGCGCUCUGUCGCGACUGUUCUUCGAAACGACGAUUGGGCUCGAUCUUUCUUUGACUGCAUGCGUGUGCUCAAGCCAGGUGGGCAGAUUGAGAUACUUUCAGUAGAUGCGCACAUGAGCUGCGAAGGGCCCAAAUUAUCAUCAUGGGUUGAUGAGCAUCUUUCCUGCCGAUUAGAAGCUCAUGGCGUGAGCAAGCAGGCUUCAGACACUGUCCUAGACACGCUGGAGAUAGUGGGCUUCGACAACAUUCGUCGCGCUCGCAUCGCGCUUCCAGCGCAUCCACCCAAGGUGGCAGCUAAGGUGGCGCCAUCUGCAUCACAUACUUUUGGUGCUGCCAUCCCGGCUCCCACGCCUCAAGAUACUCUAGAUACGACGAAGAUGAUGGCUUUUCUCGGCCGCCAUUUCUAUCAGGAUCUCUACAGCAGGUUCAUAGAUAUCCGACAGGGAGAUGAGUGGUUCUGGUCGGAUAAGGACAUCCGGGCGGAGUGUGAUUUCUACAAGACAAAGACGGUACUGACUAUUGCUUGUGGGCAAAAGUCUACAACUAUGUGCAAUAGCGGGAGUUAUCUAGAUGACUAG